UGUAUGUGUAGAUCUGGUACAGCAGUGGUAGAACUGUAUUUUGACAUGCUGUGCAGUGCAGUAUAUAAUACAGGUUUUAUACGCUUCAAUUUCCGACACUCUCUCACGUGAGAAGAGUCGGGGCAAGUCGUGGUAAAGACGUGAUGUACGGAGUCUGAUGUUUAAACGUUUUCAUUAGUCUGUUUGAACAGAUAGACAUAUUUGCAUAGAUUUUCUCUGAAGUCAGAUUGUCUGAUAGACCAUACAUUUUCACCUCUUCAUCUCUGCAGUCUGGAAGCUGCUGAGAAAAGAAAAUCGCAUUCAGUUCACAACCUGCAAAGAGCUCGAGCUACCGGGUUCAGUAGGAUGUAAACACGUUCGAAAACAUGUGCGUGUGCGCGUGUACACACGAGAAGCAGCGUUGCAGCACAAAGCCGUGCUGGCAUACACUGUAAGAUCCGUUUCCUGUGCGCGCGCUUCUCAGUCACUGGGCGCAGACACGCGGCAUCGAUGCGCUCUGAGGAACCCAGGAGACAAGACCGAGUUUAAAGCUCUUCUCAAAGACUUUGGACGCUUGUGUUUGCAGUUGAGGAAACCGGCGGAGGAGGAAAAGAAACACGAUCAGUGAAGUGUUUUCAAGGGGGCAUGUUUGCCGGGUGCGUCCGGCGGGAAAGCUGUUUUGGGUUCUGUUUCGCCGUGAAGGUGCGAGUGGAGGAGUGAGCGGCGGCUCGCGCAUGAGCCGCGCGCUCGAUCCGGCGCGCACUCUCGGCCGGCUCCGGUGACGCCAUGCCACGAGACCGCGGGGGAGAUGAGGGCGCUUCCGUUGGCGUGCGCCUCGAAACUCGCGGCACGGAGGACGUGGAGCGGGGCGGCGGAAUCGGGCGGCGCCCGGUCGCGGACGGACGGCGCGGGGAGCGCGGGGAGCGCGGCGCCCGCCUCAGUCUGCUUGGCAAACCCUUGGUGUACGGCGCGCAGAGCGGCCGCAGGAACGCGCGCUACCGCCGCCUGCAGAACUGCCUGUACAACUUGCUCGAGCGACCGCGCGCCUGGGCGUUCGUCUAUCACGCGCUUGUGUUUGUGUUGGUGUUUGGCUGCUUGGUGCUGUCAGUGUUCUCGACCAUUCCUGAUAAUCAAGAAUUGCUGUCACGUGCUCUGUUUAUACUGGAGUUUGUUAUGAUUAUUGUGUUCGGGAUGGAGUACCUCAUUCGGAUCUGGUCUGCAGGCUGUUGCUGCCGCUAUCGAGGAUGGCAGGGACGGCUGCGAUUCGCUCGAAAGCCGUUCAGCAUAAUAGACAUCAUUGUGCUGAUCGCAUCGGUUGCCGUGGUUUCAGCUGGUAGCCAAGGCAACAUCUUUGCUGCUUCGGCACUGAGAAGCAUGCGCUUCCUUCAGAUCUUGCGCAUGGUGCGAAUGGACCGUCGCGGAGGCACCUGGAAGCUUCUGGGAUCUGUAGUUUACGCACACAGUAAGGAGCUUGUGACUGCUUGGUACAUUGGCUUUCUGGUGCUCAUCUUUGCCUCCUUCCUCGUCUACCUUGUGGAGAAGGACAUUAAUAGGGAGUUUUCUACGUACGCUGAUGCACUCUGGUGGGGCACGAUAACUCUGACCACCAUUGGCUAUGGAGAUAAGACUCCUAAGACAUGGACGGGCCGCCUGCUGUCCUCCUGCUUUGCGCUGCUCGGCAUCUCCUUCUUCGCUCUGCCUGCGGGCAUCCUGGGUUCUGGUUUUGCUCUUAAAGUCCAGGAGCAGCACAGACAGAAGCACUUUGAGAAAAGGAGGAAUCCUGCAGCUUGUCUCAUCCAGUGUGUUUGGCGUAGCUAUGCGGCUGAUGAGAACUCGGUUUCCAUUGCUACCUGGAAGCCACAUUUAAAGGCGUUGCAUACCUGCAGUCCUACAAAGAAGGAUCAAGCGGAGACAUCGACAAAUCAGAAGCUGAGCUUUAAAGACCGCGUAAGGAUGGCCAGUCCUCGCGGUCAGACCAUCAAGAGCAGACAGACAUCUGUCACAGACCGGCGUUCCCCAGGUGCUGAGAUCAGUGCCGACGGAUCCAGUCCGGUGAAAGUGCAGAAGAGCUGGAGCUUCAAUGACCGCACUCGCUUUCGACCCUCUCUACGCCUUAAGAGCCAGUCCCGCUCCACCAACGAUGGUGAAGCUAAUAUAGCACCAGAGGAGGGCGUAGAUGAAAAAGGCUGCCACUGUGAGAUGUCCGCUGAGGACUUGUCACCGGCAGUGAAGUCCGUCAUCCGAGCAGUCCGGAUCAUGAAAUUCCAUGUUGCAAAGAAGAAGUUUAAGGAGACGCUGCGUCCAUAUGACGUCAAGGACGUGAUCGAGCAGUACUCAGCAGGACACCUGGACAUGUUGUGCCGGAUUAAAAGUUUACAGACGAGGGUUGAUCAGAUCUUGGGGAAGGGGCAAGUGCCUGUAGAUAAGAAGCUGAGGGAGAAGAUGCUGUCUGAUGGAGAUCUGAUGGAGGACGUCAGCAUGUUGGGGAGGGUGUGUAAGGUUGAGAGGCAGGUACAAUCUAUUGAAUCCAAGUUGGAUUCAUUGCUUGACGUCUACCGGCAGGUUUUGCAAAAAGGUACUUCGUCAGCUCUCAGCCUGUCUUCUCUGCCCCUUUUUGAGCUGGCACAAACAACAGACUACCCAAGCCCGGUCUUUUCUAAAGAUCUCUCCUCUCCCUCACAAUUCAGCCAAAUGAAUAAUUCUAACUUCCCCCGGGGAUUCCAUCUCAUCUUGGCGCCCAAUGAGUUCAACUUUAACUUGAACAACUCAUCAGGGUCACCUUCUGGAGACGACAAACCCAGUUCUGCCUCACCAUUUAGCCCAUCUCCUCUUCAGCCUCUUGCUACACCCACUGCAGACUGCCCACCUGUAUUCAUGGCAAACAAUAUUCACCAUGGUGGGGUGCAUUUUCCCAGACUGGCCAGCCCUCCUCCACCCCCUUCAGCGACUGCCAGGUUUCAGCUGCCCCUGUUGCCACCUCAGUCAGGCCAACUGAACAAGGGAUCAACACAGUCUCAGUCUAGUUUUUCUGAUCAGUUUCCCCCAUCUUAUUCAAACAGGUCCCAGCAGGACUUGGCACCGAGCAUUAGAAAUCGGCCCAACACCAAAGAGGACGCUUCCUGGAGGAGACAUAUGAGCCCAGAGAUGGGCAUGGAGAUGGAUCCUCUGGUGGAGCUCUCAUCCUCCUCGGUGCCAGAGGGAGGUGACCAGGCUGUGGGAAAAUCCUUUUCUGUUCAGGAUCUCAUUGGUAUACCAGAGGUUGAUGGGCACCACAGCCUCUCAGCCAGCAGCAGUCAGGACUCCUUGGCUGCAGAGAGCGAGGUGGGAGGAGGUGGCUGGCCAGAGGCCGAUCUUUUUAUUGCAGAUGGAGACCUGGAGAACUCAGUUCAGACUCGGUCCCCAGGCUUUGGCUUCAUGCCACAGCCUACUGCAAAUUCCAACUUCUCCUCUGAACUUUUGAGGACAGAGAGUGCAACAAGGGAUGGCCUUGGCCUGGCACCCAAAUUGGGUGGUACAAAGCCUUUCAUAUUGCCACAUGUUUGGUUAAAACAAUAAGUCAUGUACAUGAUGAACUCUUAUUCUUCUUCAAGGGCAUGAAACUUGCUUGAAGGCUAUGUCUUACUUUUAAGUAUUUUAUUUUAGAAGCUGGAACUGGGACGUUGGGGAGGCAAGAAGAGUAUGGUGUAUUGUUUUAUUCAAAUUUUUUUUCUUUUAUGAGCUAAUUUUAUAUAUUAUUGUUAUAUACUGGUUUAUUUGUGAAGAAAAAAAAAUCACAAAGUGAACCUACAUGAGAACAUUUCAUUGCAUGCAGUGUGCUAUUUCUAAAGCACUGUUAGGGUGAGCCUAACAAGGGAAAUUGCAAUAUAAUGAAAUGGCGCUUUUUCACAUAUACCAUUGUUUUUUAGUGCAGAACAAAAAAGUAAAACUUUGUUCAUUUUCA